GGGGCAAAACCGAGCUCAGGAAAACAGCACGGGGGCUGGCGGAGUUUAAAGGGACAUGGCAUCGAGGGGAUCGAGUACAGCCGUGACCCGGCGUGACUACAGGCUGACCUGUGAACCUGAGAAGGUUAAGGCCGCAGGGAUUGUGAAUGAGAAACUCUUGAGCCAGUAUCUACAUAGGAUAUUCCCAGCAACAGAGGGAACGCAGCACAGUGCAGCUUACAGAAAACCCCUCACCUUUCACAACCUGGAUGAACGCUUGGAGAGGCUUCUGUCAGCGGGGGAUUCAACUGAGGAGAAUAUCGAUCAGGUUGCUGAUGGACGUCUAGGAUCUUCCACAGUGGUGCUCGAUCACACCAGUGGCUUCGAGGGAUUGUUGUUGGUAGAUGACGACCUCUUAGGGGUUAUAGGGCAGAGUAAUUUUAGUUCCAUUCGAGCUACGACUUGCGUAUUCAAAGGCAAGUGGCUUUAUGAAGUCCUCAUCUCCUCGCAGGGUCUGAUGCAGAUCGGAUGGUGCACCCUGAGCUGCAGGUUUAACCAGGAGGAAGGGGUUGGAGACACUCCAGACUCGUAUGCCUAUGACGGAAACAGAGUCCGCAAAUGGAAUGUAACCACUACAAAUUAUGGCAAGUCCUGGGCUGCUGGUGACAUAGUCAGUUGUCUUAUUGACCUGGACGAAGGAAACAUCUCGUUCUGCCUGAAUGGGGUUUCCCUGGGCACAGCCUUCAGUGACAUCUCACGAGGAUCAGGAAUGGCUUAUUUUCCAGCGAUCAGCCUGUCAUUUAAGGAGUCUGUGGCAUUUAACUUUGGUUCCCGUCCUCUUCGGUAUCCUAUUGAGGGUUUUCGUCCUCUGCAGGACCCUCCAAGAAUUGACUUGCUUAAAUCCCAAAGGCUGUUGGGUUAUCUGAAGAACGUCCUCAGCACUGGUAUAGACAUUCAGGAGGGAAAACUGGUUGAUCGGGAUCCAUGCGCGUGGCAAAUGCAAGGGGAACCCACAGUCCUGAUAACACUGGCGCAUAUAUUCAACCACUUUGCCCCUCUUAUGUGCAAGGUGUACCUAGUGGAGGAAGUUCUGAUGAACUUUCUUCUGGGGAUCCUGGAAGGAGGGGGAUCUGUAGACGAACAUCCGCUCAUCCAGCAUCUGUUGGACUUAAUGUGGCUACUAAUGGAGGAUUAUGAAAUACACGAGUGCCUCAAGCAGUUGAUGAUGUCCCUCCUUCGAGCGUAUCGCUUCUCUCCUAUAGUUCCUGAUCUGGGGCUUCAGAUUCACUACCUCCGUCUUACCAUCGCCAUUCUGAGACACGAAAAGUCUCGCAAGUAUCUGCUGAGCAAUGUUCUAUUCGAUGUACUUCGAUCGGUUGUGUUCUUCUUUAUUAAAAGUCCUUUGCGUGUUGAAGAAGCUGGUCUCCAAGAGCUGAUUCCAACCACGUGGUGGCCCAACCGAUUCAACAAAGAGGGGAAAGAAAUCAAAGAUCCUUCAGAAGAAAGUGGGGAGGACCGUCUGAGGAGAAGGGCCUACGAACGAGGCUGCAUGAGGCUUAAGAAACGCAUUGAAGUGGUGGAAGACUUACAGGUCCAGAUCUUGAAGCUGCUGUUAAAUAACAAAGAUAAAGGAGGGGGUGAAGCGUCCAGGUACAUCUUUCUAAAUAAGUUCAGAAAGUUCCUGCAGGAAAACGCUAGCAACAGAGGGAAUCCUACGGUGCUGUGCCCACCGGAAUACAUGGUGUGUUUCCUGCACCGCCUGAUCAGCGCACUCCGGUCCUGCUGGGAUGAAUACAAGAUAAGGAACCCCUCAGCCCGUAGCAGUGAAGAAGCAUACGUGCCCCCUCAGCUUUUCUACAAUGGAAAGGUGGAUUAUUUCGAUCUGCAAAGACUUGGAGGUCUGCUGUCUCAUCUGCGGAAAACCCUGAAAGAUGACCUGGCAUCCAAGGCAAAUAUUCUGAUUGACCCCUCAGAGCUGCAGGCGGCCACCAUGGAUGAUUUAGAGGAGGAGGAUGAGUCAACUAGUACAACAGCGCAGAGGUCAAGUGCUGCGCUGGCCAUUGGUGGUGCACUUGCCCGGCCCAGCUGGCUGAGCUCCCCGACGCUGGGGAGAGCCAACCGUUUCUUAAGCACAGCAGCUGUUAGUCUGAUGAACCCACGGAGGCCCAUUGGAGUGCCAGACAAGGUCAAGGUUCGGAGUUUGUGCGUUGAGCAGCGCACAGAGAAUGACAUUGAGGGUCACAAUGCCAAUGAGGGGCUGUUGCUUGGAAGACCUCCAGAGGAGCCAGAUCAUGGAAUCACUGAGAAUUCCCUGCUGGAGAUCCUGGAUGGAGCAGUGAUGAUGUAUAACCUCAGUGUACACCAGCAACUAGGAAAGAUGGUUGGUGUGUCAGAUGAUGUUACUGAAUAUGCUUUGGCGCUAAAAGACACGGAGGAAAAGAUAAAGCGCUGUCCAAAGAGGAGGACGGAUAUAAUGGAAGAAUUGUUGAAAAGCCAAGAAGUAUUCUCUGAAAAGCUUAAUCAUCUGAGCAGGCGUCUGGCAUGGAUUAAUGUUACUGUCUACUCUAAGGAAAAGAUGCAAGACAUUUACUGGCUCCUGCAGGUGUGCCUGCGCAGUAUCGAGCAUGCUGACCGCACAGGAUCCUUGUUUGCCUUCAUGCCUGAAUUCUACCUUAACGUGGCCAUGAACAGCUACAAUGCUCUCAAGAAUUACUUCAGCCCCGUCAGCAGCAUGGAAGAACUCCCAGGCUAUGAAGAGACACUGACACGACUGGCCGCCAUUCUGGCCAAACACUUUGCUGAUUCAAGGAUUGUAGGAACUGACAUUAAGGAUUCCCUAAUGCAAGCUCUAGCCAGCUACGUUUGUUAUCCUCAUUCCUUACGUGCUGUUGAGAGGAUCUCAGAAGACCAACAGAUUAGUAUGAUGAAGAACCUGCUGGCCCCUUAUGAGCAAAGACCUUGGGCCCAGACAAACUGGAUCCUUGUGAGGCUGUGGAGGGGCUGUGGGUUUGGUUACAGAUAUACAAGGCUUCCACAUCUGUUGAAAACAAAACCCGAGGAUGCCAACCUACCGAGCCUUCAGAAACCAUGUCCCUCCACCCUCCUGCAGAGCCACAUGGCAGACCUGCUCAGGAAAGACCCAGAACUGGCUUCAAGCUUUCUGAACAGUGUCUUGAACCAACUCAAUUGGGCGUUCUCUGAGUUCAUCGGCAUGAUUCAGGAGAUCCAACAAGCUGCUGAGCGAUUAGAAAGGAACUUUGUUGACAGCAGGCAAUUGAAAGUUUGUGCCACCUGUUUUGACUUAUCUGUCAGUCUUCUGCGGGUCCUGGAAAUGACGGUUACAUUGGUCCCUGAAAUUUUCCUGGACUGGAGUCGCUCUUCUUCUGAGCUGCUGCUUCGACGCCUGGCACAGCUCCUUAAUCAGGUGCUAAAUCGAGUGACCGCUGAGAGGAACCUGUUUGACAGAGUGGUCAAUCUCCGACUUCCAGGGUUAGAGAGCGUGGACCAUUACCCCAUCCUGGUUGCUGUGACGGGAAUCCUAGUACGUCUUCUGAUUGACAGCGACUCCCAGGGGACUCCGAGAGCUACAAGUGUCCUGCUGGCUGAUCCAUGCUUCCAGCUGCGCUCCAUCCAGUACUUACUGGGAGAGACAGAACCAUCAAAUACGGGUACCGCUGCCACCGCUCCGGACAAAAAACACUUCUCCCUGCAGGCUUACACUGAUUAUAUCAGCACGGAAGAACUGAGCAAAGUGGGCAAAAUGCUGGCGUAUCUAAGUGAAGAAUCCAAGCAGGCAGCAGCUGCCACCCAGCCAACGAGUGAGGAGGAUCUGUGCCCGAUCUGCUAUGCUCACCCGAUCUCUGCCGUAUUCAAGCCCUGCUCCCACAAGUCCUGCAAGGCUUGCAUUAAUCAGCAUCUCAUGAACAACAAAGACUGCUUCUUCUGCAAGGCCACUAUCACAGGAGUGGAGGAUUACGAAAAGCCAGCUGCCAACUAGCAUCUGAGAGCAUCUGAAGCAGGAUGGGAUGAGAUACAGGCUUCAGAGUAUUCAACACGUUUACAGCUUUAAUUUUAAAUGUUAUUUAAUGUGCUGGUUCUACGCUCCCUGCUAUUCCUCUUCGCUCCUGGGCUGAGUCGACUUACCCUUAUUCUGGAGUUGGUGGGAUGCUGAAGGGGAGCCGUGGCGGUGGUUGUAUAUCUGUGUAGCUUUUAACCCUCCCAUGGCUGCACUGUGUUUUUUUUUGGGGAGUGCUCGCAAAUUUUCACCUGCCAGUAUCUUCAAACCUCUCAGUAAGACUACUGAACAAACGACACGGUCUGCUAGCCACGUCCACGGCUUGUCAAAGACUUGGCCUGCGGGAUCCUGUUUGUUACCAGGUAUCACGGCACUGGCCUCAUGGUACAGUCAGCUCAAACACUGGAAGGGGAUUCUUAAUAGACGAUCUAUAUGGCACUGUUUACAACCAAGCUAUGUUUUUAUCAUUUAUAUUUGUGGUGAGAAGACACAAAAUGGAGUAUUAAAUUAUUUAUCCAUCUAGGA